AUGGCGAUCCUCGUUCUGACUUCGCUGGUUGCUCUAUGCAUUGUGGUGGUGACAGCGUUCAAGGUAUUUAUCAUCUCAAAGGGCUCAAAUCUUCAACUUGAACGGACGAUUGACACUCUCCAGACCGUCACCAAAGCUCACGCAUCUCCCCUAUCUCGUAUUCCUAAUGCUGGAUGGGGAGCAGACUAUUCGAGGUUGAUCUGGGCUUUUCGUCAAGAACACCGAGGCAACGUCACCCUUGAACUUCCAAGAUUGCAUGAGACCCUAGGUAGCUCCGUUUUCCCCCUCAAACCAUUGACACGGGUGGCAACUGAUCCUAUUGUCCUCCUAGGACCUCUUAUCCGAAUUGGUCCCAAUGAGCUAUCGUUCUACUCCAUCGACAUCUACGAUACAGUCCAUAAAGUCAAUAGCGGAUUUGCGAAAGAUCCCCGAAACUACGGAGAAUUCGUCCAAGAUGAACAUCCCGCACUCUUCUCUAUCACAGAUCCUCAAGAGCAUUCCAAGAGGCGGAGAAUUCUUGGUCAACUCUUCAGCCGCAGCAAUAUUGAGAAGCUUGAAGGGUUAAUGCUUCAUCAUAUUGAUAAUUUUGUCUCGGCAGUCGAAAGAAGAAGCGUCUCUUUUGACAUAGGCCCUGCCUGCCGUGCUCUUGAGGCAGAUAUCAUAUCGGAUUUCUCAUUCGGUGAAGCCUUGUCGGCCGUGUCUGCCUGGUCAAAAGGAGAAGAAGUUGCUCUUAUAUCAAAGAACGAUGAAAAAGCGACAUUUUUACCUCUGUGGACGCACAAAGCUUGGGUCCGAAACAAAGAUCCAGGCCGAAAGUCACAAUUUCCCAAUCUGCUCAACGUCAUGGUUUCAGCUGGCGUGCCGACUCAGACUGCCCUAUCAGAGGCCAAGGAGAACCUGGGACCUGGGACCGACACCACCUCUGCAUCCCUCGCCCAUAUCCUCUAUGCCCUUUCCUGGAACCCGACUUAUCAGCAGAAGUUGUAUAAAGACCUAGCAUCCCGCGGAUUUCCCACGGAUUUCAAUACUUUAGAAAACAUCCCUCGCUUGAGAGCUUGUGUCAAAGAAGGCAUUCGUUGGGCUGGUGCAUCUGUGGCGAUGUUGCCCCGUGUGGUUCCCAAGGGUGGUGUUGAGCUAUGUGGAAAUUUUGUUCCCGAAGGCACUAUUGUAACUUCAUCACCGGUCUGGUACCUCAGAGACAAGUAUGCGUACCCGAAUCCAGAGUUGUUUAAUCCCUAUCGCUGGAUAGAUGAUUACGGCUUGAACACUACAGAGGAUGUACUACGAGACAAGUUUUACAUUGCAUUCUCUAAAGGCGCAAACACUUGUAUCGCAAAUCACUUUUCGUACCUAGAAUUGUACAUGAGUGUCGCGAAGAUGGUCGCAAACUUUGAAAUCAGUCCUGCCACUGAACGACAUAGACCUGCGCAGGUUGCAGGACUAAAUAAUGCAGACUGGCAACCAGUGCAACUUCCAAAGAGAAAGGAAUGGGUUUCAGCCGUAGUCACGGAACCCCUGCUGAUCAAGACUGUGCCACGAAGACACGUUUAG